AACUGGAACGGUGAGCAGCUGCCGCUUCAUUCCCCUCCCGCUGCACACGGCCGGAUUUUGGGCCCGAAAGAAAGCCACAAGCAUCGCUUUUCACCGGCCAUGGCGACGAGCGUGAUAGGAUCAUCGCCUGGUGAGGCUACUUCCCCAUGGAAGGCGCAUCAGCUGCUUCUGGUGCUGCUGCCGUGCGCGGUCCUCGCGUGGGGCGCCGCGCGCGCGCUGGAGUGGGCGUGGCUGAGGCCGCGGCGCCUGGGCCGGGCGCUGCGGUCGCAGGGCCUCCGCGGCACCGAGUACCGGCCCCUGGCCGGCGACGCGCCGCUGGCCGAGCGGCUCAGCCGGGAGGCCAGGUCCCGGCCGCCUAUGCCGCUGGGCUGCCACGACGUCGUGCCCAGGGCCAUGCCGCUGUUACACCACGCCAUGAAGGAGCACGGCAAGACGUCCAUCACCUGGUACGGUCCGGUGCCAAGGGUGACCAUCACCGAGCCGGAGCUGGUGCGGCAGGUUCUGUCGAACAAGUUCGGCCACUUCGAGAAGGUGGGCUUCGGGCAGCUCCAGAGGCUGCUGCACAACGGCGUGAGCAGCCACGAGGGCGAGAAAUGGGCCAAGCACAGGAGGAUCAUCACCCCUGCCUUCCACCUCGAGAAGCUCAAGCGCAUGUUGCCGGCCUUCGCCGCGUGCUGCGAGGAUCUGGUGAGCAGAUGGGAAGGUUUGGUUGGAGACGAUGGCCAGCUGCGCGAGAUAGAUGUUUGGCCGGAGAUGCAGAGGCUGACAGGGGAUGUCAUCUCCCGCGCCGCGUUCGGCAGCAGCUACCUCGAAGGCAGGAGGAUCUUCCAGCUCCAGGGGGAGCAGGUUCAGCUCGCCAUGACGGUCGCCAACAAGCUGCACGUCCCUGGUUACUUGUUGCUGCCUACCAGAAUCAACCGGAGGAUGAAGCAGAUUGCUGCAGAGAUCGAAGGGAUCCUGAGAGGAAUCAUCGCGAAAAGGGAGAACGCCUUGAGGACCGGCAAGGAGACGAGCGACGACCUUCUUGGCCUGCUGCUGGAGUCGAACAUGGCGCGGUUCGGCGGCGGCGGCGGCUCGAGCUCCGGCAUGUCCACCGACGACGUGAUCGGGGAGUGCAAGCUGUUCUACUUCGCCGGCAUGGAGACCACGUCGGUGCUGCUCACGUGGACGAUGGUGGUUCUCUGCAUGCACCCGGAGUGGCAGGACCGCGCGAGGGAGGAGGUGCUUCGCGUCUUCAGCGGCGCUAGAACGCCGGAUUACGACGGCAUCAGCCGCCUGAAAAUCGCGACCAUGGUGCUGCACGAGGUGCUGCGGCUGUACACGCCGCUGCCGGCGGUCCACCGCAGGACGUACAAGCCGAUGGAGCUCGGCGGCGUCAGGUACCCGGCGGGCGUGAUGCUGACGCUGCCGCUGCUGUGCGUCCACCACGACAGGGACGUGUGGGGCGCGGACGCGGACGAGUUCAGGCCGGAGAGGUUCGCGGAGGGAAUCUCCAGGGCGUUCUUCCCCUUCGGCGGGGGGCCGCGCACCUGCAUCGGCCAGAACUUCGCGCUGCUGGAGGCCAAGAUGGGGCUCGCCAUGAUCCUGCGGAGCUUCGCGUUAGAGCUCUCGCCGUCAUACUCGCACGCGCCGUUCCCCGUCACCCUGCUGCAGCCGGAGCACGGCGCGCAGGUCAAGCUCAGGAGGCUCCCAUGAGCUGCCUAUGCAUGGAUCUUCCUCCAAUAAUUUGUGGAUGCAGGAACUGCCUCCAAGGCACGGUUCUAAAUUCCACUGUAGCAACUGAAAACUUCUAACUCCAGUGUACUCCUAUAGCAAAUAAGCAAAA